AUGGCCCCUGCACUCACGCCGGCUGCACAGGAGGACGGCGUGGACGCCACCCGCGGCCUCGCCGGAGGGGACACAGGGGACGUGCCUCCUGCCGGGGCCAGGCAGCCCACAGACGAGGCUGCCCAGAGGGCCGGCACCAGCUCCUCCCGGCGCCUUUGUUGGCAGGUGGCCGGGGUGCAGGCUCAGGCCCAGCCCCGGGUGCGCCCCGCGGGCCGGCCCGGGACCCCCCGCGGGAGCCCCCCGCGCCGCGCCGCCACCAGCCGGGCUCUCGGGGAAACAGGACCCACCGACGCGCGGAACAAAGGCAGGAUCUCCCAAGAAGUUGAAAUAUGCACCGUCACCAACAAGUUUAAGCAGCCGCGAGCGACGGGCGCGCUGCCCGCAGCCGGAGCCGGCGGCCGAGGGAGCCCCGCGGGGCCCGGGCAGGAGGCGCCCGCCCAGCCCCGGAGCCCCCCAACUCCGCCUCCCCCGGCCGGCAUCGCCCCGGAGCCCCCCGCGCCGCCUCUGCCGGCCGGCGCCGCCCGGAGCCCCCCAACUCCGCCUCUCCCGGGCGGCACCGCGCCCCGCGCCCCCUUACCUGGCCGGGACCGCGCCCCGGAGCCCCCCAACUCGCCUUCCCCGGCCGGCAUCGCCCCGGAGCCCCCCAACUCCGCGUCACCUAGCCGGCGCCGCGCCCCGGAGCCCCCCAACUCCACCUCAUCUGGUCUGCACCGAGCCCCGCGCCCCAUUAACGUGGCCGGCCCCGCGCCCCGCACCCCCGUACCUGGCCGGCCCCGCGCCCCCGUAACUGCCCGGCACCGCGCCCCCCGACUCCCCGAUCGCCCCCUUAUCUGGUAG